GGACGAUUGAGUAGAAGUGCACAACAAAUAGAGUCGUUGUGUACAGCCGCAGAGGCCAUACUUGCGCGCGGCAGUAAACUCAGUGCUAAGGUCUUGUUGAACGAAGUUCGUGGUAACCCACAUUGCACUGACUUGACUUAUAGAUCUGCCAAUAACUUUCUACAUCGCAACAAAGUUGGGCAGCAGUAUAUGCGCCCUUCUCCCAACGACAAUAGUCUUCCACCAAAGAAGCGAUUAAGAUGGACUGCUGUUGACGAGGCGGCCUUUCAGGAAGCGGUUGUUACCAUCCAGUCGACCAGCAAUAAACUGACUGCUAGCAAUAUUGCAAAGGAGCUGAAAGGCAGUGCAGCUUCAUACGACCAACUUCGUUACCGUCUUCGGAAAUUGACAGCCGCUAAGCACAACAUUGAAGAAACGCCUGAUUUGGGUGUUGUUGGCAGCAGGAGUAGAGAUGAAGAGUUUGUUGAUGGUAAGUUGAACCCACAACAACACAUUCGUUAACGUUGUAUCAACAGUUUUGUAGCGGUGACAGGAAGUAAACAUACUAAACCAUGUUCUUGUAGAUGAGGGCGAAACUGACAACGAGGACGUGCCAGGAGAUGUUGCCCAUGACCAUGUGCAAUCUUCCAUGCACUGUUGCAUCGAAGCUGCAGAGGAAGCCUGCAAAACAGCCUUUGCCGAAACGUGCUCGUAUGCGUGCUGCUGCUGCGACCGCAGACUGUUUAAGCAUUCGGUUGUGGAGGUCACGGACAGCUUGUACAACACCCUCUGUGAGCCAUGGGCAACAAAUGUUGCAGGAUGGGUUACGCGUGGUGGCUCGGGGCAUAUAUGCCAUACGUGCUUAGGCAGCAUCCGUAGGGAUCGCUGCCCACGGUUUUCAGUUGACAACGGGCUUGGAUUCCCAGACAUUCCUGACGAGCUUCAAGGCAUCCCUGAGCUGUCAGAGAGGCUCAUUGCCAGGCGUGUACCCUUCCUGCAGUUGCGAAGGCUUCCAGCUGGGCAACAGCAUGGCCUACGAGGUAGGAUUUGCUUCAUGCCACAGUGUACCUUUUCUGUCCCACAGACAAGCAUAUGCUUUGAACCCCCCCACUGCUACUUUGGACUGUGCGUCCACUCCAAGCAACCCCUCCAGGACAUCCAGGGCCGCACCGUGGCUUCCCGUGAGCUGACGCUGGUGGCCCCUAACAACGACUCGCCCACCUACACGGACACCCACAGCAUCGCCAUCUCGCUUUGGGGGGACCUGGCCAAGACGGAGUGGAAGGUGGGCCAAGUGCUUCUCGUGCUCAACGCCGCCACCCGAGUCUUCAGGACUGGGAGCGCGGUCAACUACAGCCUCACCACCCGCGCCAUCACAAGCAUCCAGACGGCUACGGAGCCCAUGGCCCGCUUCACGGAUAUCAGCAGCACCAAUUUCGCAUUCCAG